AUGGCCGCCCUCGCCUCGUCUUCUGCUUCUGCACUCCCGCCCAGUACCGAGGCCGACACGCUCAAGGCCCUCACCUUCCAGCGGCUGCACCCCAGAACCUACCUCGCCCGCUUCCUCGCCGAGGGCGUCCGCCCUGACGGCCGCGAGCUCGACGACUGGCGCGACCUCUCCGUCCACGUCGGCUCGAUCUCGACCGCAGACGGCUCCGCGCUCGUCCGCCUCGGCGCGACCACCGUCGUCUGCGGCGUGAAGGCGGAGAUCGCGGAGCCCGAGCUCGACCGCCCCGGCGAGGGCUUCCUCGUGCCGAACCUCGACCUGCCCGCGAUCUGCUCGCCGCGGUUCAAGCCCGGGCCGCCGACGGACGAGGCGCAGGUGCUGUCGGACCGGCUGAACGAGGUGCUCGUCGCGUCGGGCGUCGUGCCCCCCGCGUCGCUCUGCAUCGCGCCCGGGCGCGCGGCGUGGGUGCUCUACGUCGACGCGACGUGCAUCAACUACGACGGGAACGCGUUCGACGCCGCGCUGCUCGCCAUGGUCGCCGCGCUCAAGAACGUGCGCCUCCCGAAGGCGGUCUACGACGAGGACCUGCGCCGGACGCGGUGCUCCCGCAAAGAACGCGUGCCGCUCCAGCUCGGCCGGCUCCCGACCUCGUUCUCGUUUGGCGUGACGGACGGGACACACACGCUCGCGGACCCGACGGCGUUCGAGGAGCCCCUGCUCGACACGACGCUCACCGUCGUCGUCGACGACCGCGGCGCGCUCGUGGCCGCGACGCAGCGAGGGCUCGGGCUCGGGCUCGGUGCGGCGGGUGAUGACCAGGAGGACGUGCUGCGGCGGUGCGUCGAGGCGGCGCGGGAGUGCUGGACGAGGUCGAGGAGGGACGUGUAUGCGCUCGGGUCGCGCCCGUGA